AUAUAUUCUUUCUAUAUAAUUUUUCCUUUUAAUAUUUAGUUUAAUAUUGAAAUUAUAAACUCGUUUGUAUAACUUAAAGUUUGUUGUUCAUGACUAUUGAGAUCAAGCUUUUCGGUGCUGAUUACUAUUUGCAAGUGAUUUUAGAAGAUUUGCAUCGAAAAUAACAUGAGUCCGUUAAACCGAGGACCCUUGUUAGGGCCAAGAGUUCCACCUACUGGUGUGCGGCCUCCACCACCUCCGAGAUUUGGUGGUAGAUUACCACCUCCUGGUUUACCUCCAAGAAUGCCACCACCUCCGAUGAAUCCAGUUUUUGGACCAAUGCGACAAAGAUUACCACCGCCACCGCGACCAGGUGGAGUAAAUCGACCAAGUGGACCGAUGCCAUUAUUUGGUCCACGAGUUAGAGCUAUGGCUCCAAUGGUUCCACCAAUGGGCUUAAGAGGUGUUGGACCUAGAGGACCAUUAAUGAGGCCUUGGCAUAGAAGAGCAUUACCACCUCAAAUUUUAUCUCAUAUGAGACCAAGAUUUUCUAUAAGAAAUGGCAAUGUUAAAGGAAAAGCAAUGAAUAAUGCAAAAAAAGUUAGUAAACUUGAAGAAUUAGAACUAAAAAAGCCAUGGAUGACUGAUGAAAUCCGAAGUGAAAUACAAAAAAAAAAUAAGCUAUAUGCUAAAGCAAAAAAGAAUAAAGAUGCAAAAGAAUGGGAAGAAUUUAAGGAUUUAAGGAAUAAAGUGACAAGGAUGAUCAGAGAUGCUAAAAAUGAUUAUCUUGCAAAACAUCCUGAACAGGCUCAUCUCUAUCCAAAUAGUGAAGAAUCAUAUGAUCAAAGAAAUGAAAAUUACUCCAGUUCAAAGGAUGAUGAGUCAUUUUAUUAUGAAAUAGGUGAUAAAGAUUUUUCAUCAGAAGAUACUCUUUCUAAACAUGAGAAGGAACAUGAACUCUAUGAAGACAUUGAAAAAUGGAUAAUGGAGAGAAAAAAAAGAUAUCCUACAAAAAUUAAUGUUGAAUUACGAAAAGCUGAAGAAAUAGAAAAAUUACAAAGAGGAGAAAUAAUUAAACAAAAGCAGGAGAUUACUAAGCGAAAAAGACAUAAAUUUUUACGUUCUCAUAAUCGAAAAAGAAUAAUAAAAAAGGAACCUAUUAUAAUAUCUAAUAAUAUUGAAGAACAAAAGGAAACAUAUAGAGGUUUACAUCGAUUUUUUGGGACAUUAUGCUUAAAAAAAGAAGAUUUAGAAAUAGAAAAGCAAUCUAAUAAUGAAAUUGAAAAUAAUUACAAGGAAAAUCAAAUUAAUCAAAUUUCUGAUGAAGAAGAAAUAUUAGAUAUAUUGCCAAAAUUUGCUACUUCUAAUGUACCCAAUUUAGUAGCAAAUUAUGAAAGUGUUUCAGAAGAAAGUGAUAUGCCUGAAGAAGUAUCAUUUAAAAAAAUAAGUUUAAAUAAUGAAAACAAAGAAAAUAAUGCAAUAAAAGAUGAAAUAAAAUAUGAAAAUAGAUCUAUUCAAAUACAGCCAAUAGAUUCAGUGUGUAAAAUUUCCAAAAUUAAAUUGACAUUGAAUCAAAAUUCAAAAAAUAAAGAACAGAAAAUUACAAAUAAGACACCACCAUAUACAUCACAAUUAUUACAAAAAUUACUUUCACGAUCUAUUCAACAUGAAAGAAAUUUAAUAUGUCAAUGUAUAAAAUAUAUAAUAGAUAAUAAUUUUUUUGAUUAA